AUGGCAGCGGAAAAAUAUCCGUUAUCCGCGGCAGAGCCUAUUUCCGUUACGUUAGCAUCCAUUGACAGGCCUAAUCGCAAAUACAGUUAUAGAUCAUAUUUCAGUGUUAGUUUAGCUUUUAAUCCGAUUAAAUCACGUCAUUACAAAGUUAUUUGCAUGUUAAAGAAUGCGAAAGACGAUUAUGACAUACAAAUCUACUCUUCGGGAACAUGUUCAUGGAAGGUCAUUAAACAUUCACACUCGUUGCCUAAUAUAUGUGGUUCUGGUGUCUUUUGGAAUGGAUUUUUCAUUUGGCACAAUGUAGGUAACUCUUUGGUUUAUUUCAAUGUCGAGAAACAAAUAUUUGCCGAAGAACAGAUGCCAGGCUGUUUACUUCCGAAAUCAAGUAAGACUAGUUUGUAUUUCGGUGAGUGCAAGGGUCAUUUGUAUUAUGUUGAGCUUUCUAAACAUCCGGUUUACUUAGAGCCGACCAUCCUUAUCUACGAGCAGCAUUGCAGUACUGGAUGGCGUGCAGUAUACAAUAUCGAUAUCCGUAGAUUAAGAGUUUUAUGUUUGAAGAAGAUUGAGUAUAAUUUUUUAAAGAACGAGGUCAAAGUGUUACUUAUCGAUGGCGAAGAAGCAGAAGAAGAAUAUGAUUCACCGAAGUUGGUUUUACAAAUACGGGAUAAAGUUCUUUCUUUUGAUCUUGGAGAUUUGGAGAGCAUUAAUGAAAUUUAUGAUACAGAACCUAAACUACUCGUUAUUCAAGGUUUUCGCAUUGUAAAGUCGUUCAUGCUUUCCGGUAUAUCCAGUCAUUUGCUUCGGUCUGAUGAUGAAAUUUAA